UUGAAUAAGACUGUUCGACACAGAAGGCAGGACUCAUCUAUGGCUGAGCCUUCGAACGGUCUAAGACACGAGGAUCUGGAAAACAACGUUGAAGCAGUAGAAGGAAAAGCUGAUCUCUGGACACCCUUGAAUUGUUUGGUUGAAGCUGCUAACCGAACGAAGUCUACCAAGCCAAAUUUCCAAGCGUCAUCAAUGGCCAAACUGGAACCGUCCUUUGUUGCUGAUGGCGACCUCGAUGCACAAGAAACUAAGGAGAAAGCGCUGUUACUUGGAGCUCCGAAUUACGGAUUAUAUACGCCCAAAACAAGAACUAAGGAGCACGGAAGCAACUUUAAGGCAAAAGAUAACCAUAAUAAUGGAACCACAUCACUCCCAGAAUCCACGAAACGUAAAAGGUUGCGGGCAACUGCUCGUAACAAGGCAGCUGCAUCUGGUGAGCUAGGUUCUCAGGCACAGGUCGUUCUUGAUGCAUCGGCUGCUAAAUGUAGAAGAAACAAUCCAAUUUGGUUCACGUUAAUCGCCUCGGACGACAGGAAGGGCGGUUUUCCGUUGCCUCAAAUAUCAACGUCUUACUUGAGAAUAAAGUAAGUUCCUCCCAUCUUAUUACUUCAUUUAAAUUCGUCCAUUUAUCAAAUUUUUCAAUCGCAUUAUAGGGACGACAUUCAGAAGAUUGCAUAUAGACAAUGAUAUCUUUACGUACUUUUCUAUGUCGUGUCGAAACAUUAAUGUUGUUUGAGUUUCCCGAGACUCUUUUGUCGUUAUAGCUACUCUGUAGAUCUAAGACAGCUAGAAAUUGUGCAGCGUAAAGGGUUUACAUAAUAUGAAAUGAUGUAAAUUUUUGUUACGGCCUAAGCCCACCGC